CUGCGCUUGUUUGGGGGUUAUAAAUCCCCUAAUUAUACGCUUAGCGAAUCUCUUUCACCACCAAUCUCUGGAUUGGAGGCGAUGAUGAGAGCUCCAAACAUGGCCGCGAUCACUGCUUCCCUCGAGCAAUCCCUACAAAACUGCUCCCUCAAUCGCCACCGUGACGGCGUCGCCGCCUCCUCCGCCGACGGCAUCGGCCGCUCGUCUAGUUCCGACGAUCUCACACCGUCGACCCACAAUCACCGCCACGAUGAGGCCGCCCUCGAACUCAACUCCCACAUAUCCCUCCCUUACCAUUGGGAACAAUGCCUCGAUCUAAAGACGGGAGAGCUAUACUACAUUAACUGGAGAAAUGGGACAAAAGCGAAAGAAGACCCGAGGCUAAAGCUGGACGUCGGCCAAGACGAUGAGGACGACGGGGGCUUCUAUUCGACGGACGAGAGCUCCUACGACAGCGAGGGAUCGUCGUCGGAGUUGUCGCCUUCCACAUCAAGGACGGCGGGGGCGGGGGAUCAGCAACGGCGGGUCGAGAAGGACCCCGUCCUGGUCGUCGCGGGCUGCAAGAUCUGCCUAAUGUACUUCAUGGUGCCGAAGCGAGUGGAGGAUUGCCCCAAGUGCAGCGGCCAGCUUCUUCACUUCGACCGGUCCGACAGCGUCUCGGGCUCCCCAUGAUUUGUUCUCUCAUCUCUGUCAUCAUCUGUUUUCUCUUGGCAUAUUUGGUGAUUCUUCGUCCAUCUCUUGCCUCCUUCGUUCCUACGUUUCUUCAUCUCCUGAUUUUCCCCCUUUUGCUCCAUCCCUCACAAACCCUCUGGUCCGAAAGAGGUUUUGGUGCGGAUUGAUGAAAAGAGAGACGGGUGUUGCAAAGUUUCAUUACUCGACUAUUUCUUGCGGUUCCGGUUCCGUUCUCGUU